GCAGGCGGCGGCUCCCAGGCACCGCAGAGGGGCGGGCGGCGGGGGAGCAUCCCCGCGCCCAGCGGUUAUGUAAGCCCCGGGCCGGCGCGCGCCCCCGGCCCUGACCGCGGAGAGCGGCGGAGCGGCGGCGGGGCCCGGGGCAGUGCCCCCUCGCUGCCUGCCCUCGGGGUUCGCCUCCUCAGGGGAGGAAGUCGCGGGGGGAAAUCGGAGGUGCUCGCGCGCUCGGCGGGCAGCAGGAGCAGACUUUUGGUUUGCGGUGGAUGUGUCUUGAAAGAGCAUCGCUGUUUGUUUCCGUAGGAGAAGUGGGCAGGUGUCCUGAAAUCGUGGAACUGAGCUGAGAGGGAUACUGGGAGCACAUGAGAAGAGUUCCAGAAGGAAUGCCAUUAUCAUGUUAUUAACAGUGAAAGUGUUCUAAAUAGAGUGCCAUCUGUUUAAUCCAGACUGCCUCUGGUUUCACUGUUGAAUGUUUUUCACUGUGAGAGAAAGUCUGCAAGACUCAGCAGUCUCUUCUCUGCAGAUGCAGUGUCAGGAAAACAGGGCAGUACUUGAAGGCUUGACAAAUGCAUCCCAGGUUGAAAAACUGCUGCGUUCCUCCUCCUCUUCCUCCUUUAGAAAAUUGACUUCUUUAAAGAGGUAAGAGAGAAGCAAAAGCAGUAAGAAAAUGCUGGGAUCAGAACGAGGUGUCGUGGAAGAAUGGCUGUCAGAAUUCAAGGCAUUACCUGAAACACAAAUUUCCAGCUAUGCAGCUACGUUGCACCGAAAAAAACCACUGGUACCAGCUCUUUAUAAGGUUAUUCAAGACCCAAAUAAUGAGCUCCUGGAGCCUGUUUGCCACCAGCUCUUUGAACUUUAUCGUAGUUCUGAAGUUCGGCUCAAGAGAUUCACACUGCAAUUUUUGCCAGAGUUGAUCUGGGUAUAUCUGCGUCUUACUGCCAGCAGGGAUAGGCAGAGUAAUGGUUGCAUUGAAGCAUUGCUUCUUGGCAUUUACAACUUGGAAAUUGCUGACAAAGAUGGAAACAACAAAGUUUUAUCUUUCACCAUCCCUUCGUUAUCUAAACCCUCAAUAUAUCAUGAGCCCUCUACUAUUGGAUCCAUGGCUUUAACUGAAGGAGCUCUAUGUCAGCAUGAUCUCAUCAGGGUAGUUUACAGUGAUCUUCAUCCUCAAAGAGAAACCUUCACAGCACAGAACCGGUUUGAGGUGCUGAGCUUUCUUAUGCUGUGCUACAAUUCUGCUAUUGUCUAUAUGCCUGCCUCUUCUUACCAAUCACUUUGUAGGAUGGGUUCCAGGCUGUGUGUGAGUGGAUUUCCGCGGCAGCAUGAGAAACGCUGGAAGGAACACUGCGGUAGAGUGGUGUUAGACCCUGACUUCAUGGUGCAGCUGCUCACAGGUGUCUAUUAUGCCAUAUAUAAUGGUCAGUGGGAUCUUGGCCAGGAGGUAUUAGAGGACAUAAUUUACAGAGCACAGCUUGAACUCUACUCACAGCCUCUGCUGGUUGCAAAUGCCAUGAAGAACUCACUGCCCUUUGAUGCUCCUGAUGCAUCUCAAGAAGGCCAGAAGGUACUGAAGGUAGAAGUUACUCCAACAGUGCCGAGGAUUUCUCGGACUGCUAUUACAACAGCUUCUAUCCGUCGUCAUCGCUGGAGGAGAGAAGAUGGCUUUGACUUCUCAAACGAGGCUGACUCAAGCAUACCUGGCUCACCGAUCCAACACGGCUCCACAGACCUAGGGAUCAAACGUGAGCAAGAGGGGGAGGUGCUGAUGCGCAGGACCCCUGAGCAUGGCUUCCCGGAGCCCACCUUGGCAGCAGCCACAACAGAGGAUGCUGAAGGUGUAAAUGGAAGAGAGGAAUCUGUGAACCUUAAUGAUGCUGAUGAAGGAUUUUCAUCAGGAGCUUCCCUCAGCAGCCAGCCAGUUGGGACCAAACCUCUAUCAUCUGUAUCCCAGAAAGGCAGCUUAAGGAAAACAGCAAGUGGGCGUUGUGUUAAGGAUAAAGACACCUCUUCUGCAGCAAAAUCCAGUGAGAGCCCUCGAGAUUCAGUAGCUCGGAAGCAGUACAUGCACCAAUCCACUGACCUUGGUGCAGAUAUAAUUGAGAUGACACCUACAAAGAAACACCUCAGCCUGCCUGCUGGGCAGGUGGUGCCAAAAGCCAACAGUCUGAGCCUGAUCAGGACCGCCAGUGCUUCCUCCAGUAAAUCAUUUGACUAUGUGAAUGGCAGUCAAGCAGGCUCCAGUGUUGGAGCUGGUACAGAGGGUGUUACCAAUCUAGCAGCUGGCAACACCAAUCGGUUUUCAACUAUCAGCCUACAGGAGGACCGACUAGGCCAAGCUGGGGAAGGUAAAGAUCUCCUUCCCCCAGGAGCUCCCCUAACCAAGCAGUCUCGAUCUCCAAGUUUCAAUAUGCAGCUGAUAUCCCAGGUGUAACUUUGACUCCCUUCCUUAGGACUCCCUGUUUCCCCUUAAUCCCCAGGCAAGUUCAUCCUUAGGCAAAACAUGAACCAUCAUCCUGCAGUGUGAAAAUACUGACUGUCGUGAUCUUGUUUGAUUUGGUUUAGCUAUCAUACUGUAUUACUGAAACAGCAAUAAUUCUUCCCUCACCUUCAUCCUCCCCCCCCACCUUGUAAACAUGGUUGUGAAGCAGU